CUUUGCUCCUGCAUCUCGCAGUUGGCUGGAGUUUUCGACCAUUUUCUGCUUGUGCACGUAGGGAGUGCCUUCAAUAUGCAGACUAUCUCCGCCAAACCCUUUGCUGUGGGCCAGGAGCUCAAGGUCAGGGCUCGCAGCACCGCUGUGUCCGCUGUCCGCAGCCCCGUGGUGGUCCGUGCUAGCCAGGACCAGGAGUCGGCCGUCGCAAGGCGCGGAGUUCUUGCCGGUGUGGCAGGAUCCAUUGCACUGCUGUCCGGCGUGAGGCCGUCUGAGGCAGCUUUCGGCGAGGCUGCCAGGGUGUUUGGCUCCAAGGCGACCAACUCCACAGGUUUCGUGCCCUACAGCGGCGAGGGAUUCGCACUCCUGCUGCCCUCCAAGUACAACCCCUCCAAGGAGAAGGAGUUCCCUGGCACACAGCUGAGGUACGAGGACAACGGAGAUGCUGUCAACAGCAUUGCAGUGAUGGUGCGGUCGACCACCAAGAACUCCAUCGAGGAGUACGGCACCCCCGACAAGUUCCUGGACGAGAACAAGAACCUGCUGGGCGCCCAGGUGUUCAAGGGCGAGUCCCGGUCAGAGGGCGGCUUCGCACCCAACAAGGUGUCUGUUGCGUCCCUCUUGGACGUCCAGCAGGCCAAGGACAAGAAGGGCAAGACCUACUACAAGUAUGAGAUCCUCACCAGGACAGCUGACGGAGAUGAGGGUGGUCGCCACCAGCUGAUCACAGCCGCUGUGGGCAACGGAAACCUGUACAUCCUCAAGGUGCAGGUUGGAGACAAGAGGUGGUUCAAGGGCGCUGACGCUGGUGCCAAGGGGACCUGGAACUCCUUCGUGGUGGCCUAAGCACGCCCUUCCUUUGAGUGCAGCCUCCAAAUUCGGUGGCUGGUGCUUUGUGGGGAGAGGAAUCCGCAGGUCAAUCAGCCGCUGUCCACUUACUGCCAGCAUUUGAAGGCAGCCUUUGCAAGCUUGCUCUGAGGUGCUGGAUGGUAGACAUAAGUCACUGCAGCGCAAAAUGGGGAUGAAAUCAUUGAGAAGAUCAUUGGAGGCAGAUUUGGGAGAUUUUGGGAGGAAUAAGUUGAAGCCCAGUUCUGUGCCUUGCCUGUGAUGUCAGCAGCCACUUGCGUAGGAUGCAAGACAUGACGCGAUUCAGCGCAGUUGAGAAGAGAAAUGUCCCGCCAGAACUGCUGUCGACACUGUAAGACAUCUUUCUUGC